UGACGCAAAAAUGGUGGAUCUUAAAGCAUAAUGUGUAUUGUUGUGACUUUCAGUUGGUAAAAUCUAAAUAGAUGGAACACUAACACUGCCUUUGGAAAACGGCUGCGCUAGCCACUGUGUAUCUUCGACAUCGUUAAUUUUGCAGCUGCUUCGAGGGAUUCAAGUGAAAGGGAAAGGAGUGAUGGCAGACAACGCUCAAGGUUCGUCAUCACAGACCUACUGGGAAGGCUACAAGGAGUUUUGGUCAGAGAGGUUUUCCUUUUUGGGCAACUAUUCCAAGUUUGUCAAGCGCGAUAAACCCAUCCCUUCCUGGUCCACCUCUGAUGUCGAGGAGUUCAUUGCUUCUGAUCCUGUUCAUGGACCCGUGCUGAAAAGUGCUAGAGAAGCAGUGCAAUUCGGCCUCACUGGAAGUGCUUUGGGAGCAUUAUCUACCGCUGGCUAUGCCUGGAAAUAUUCAAGGAGUUUACAUGGCGUUGGACUGUCAUUUUUAGCUGGAGGUGUAUUUGGGUGGACUUUUGGGCAUGAAAUCGCAAAUCAUGCACUUCAACUUUACAGGGUAGACACAUUGGCUGCUGAGGUCAAGUUUAUGGAUUGGUGGAAUAAAAAGACUGGAGGGUUAAGUUUUAAAACUAAUGCAUCAUCGCAAAACAAAUUGCCACAUGUGCCAUCUUUUCUCGUGUAUUGUGUUCUUCAUUAGUCAAGCUUCUCUAAUGGUUGGGCUAGACUGGAGGUCGAAAGAGCUGGCACUUUCAUAUCGUUCCACCGCUAGGACAAUCAAGACGACAUACUAUGAGAGCAGUUAUUUUGUAUGAAUACAUUCGUACAAAAAAAAAUAUUAUUGAAGUGUUUUGACUAAUCAGGGACUAAUAAUCAUACAUGCUAGUUAGAGUAAAAGUUAAAUUUGAGUACUGGUUUGUCAUUGAUUUCUUCGUAAUGUUGUUUACUUCCACAACUUCUACAUUACGUGUGUGUUAAGUGCCUCUUUCGAUUUGA